AUGUCGAAUGGUAAACGGUGGUUGCUGCAGAGCAGGGGUUUUCUGGAUGGAGUGGGUGGGUGGGUGGUGUGCAGUGUGUGCUGGCUGGUGGUGCUGGCGCUUGAGCGGAACGACGGGACCGCUUCGCCUGGCGGAUGGUCGUCGAUCCGUGAUCAGAGGGAAGAGUUGUUUACGCAAGGGCGCGAGGACGCUCGUGUUCACGGAGGCAUCGAGAAACGGUCAAGGCGGACAUGCGGAUGCUCAAGAAAACAGCCGAGAGCGGUGGGAAAGGGGAGAGACAAUACGACGUGCGAAAACGGCAAGUGA